UUUACAGAGAAAACAUGUCCGGACGCGGAAAAGGCGGCAAAGUGAGAGCGAAGGCGAAAAGCCGGUCCUCCCGGGCCGGGCUGCAGUUCCCGGUGGGCCGCGUCCACAGGCUGCUGCGGAGAGGCAACUACGCUCAGCGGGUCGGCGCCGGGGCUCCGGUGUACCUGGCGGCGGUGCUGGAGUACCUGACCGCCGAGAUUCUGGAGCUGGCCGGAAACGCGGCCCGCGACAACAAGAAGACCCGGAUCAUCCCCCGACACCUGCAGCUGGCGGUCCGCAACGACGAGGAGCUCAACAAACUGCUGGGCGGAGUGACCAUCGCUCAGGGCGGCGUGCUGCCCAACAUCCAGGCCGUCCUGCUGCCCAAGAAGACCGACAAGGGCCCCAAGAAGUAGACCGACACCGGGACUCACCGGGAACCCGGUUACACCCCGAAAACCACAACAACGGCUCUUUUAAGAGCCACACACCCGAAACUACAGAGCAAAAACCCGGAACCAGCUGUGACAGAGUCCCGCGAUACAACACGCACAUCGACCAAACGGCGUAAUUUAAAGUAUGAAAAUUAAAAAAACAGAAGUAAUUAAUACCACUAUCUACAAAAACAAACUUGAUAGUAACUAAAGUACCAAAGUAUCAUGCAGUCAAAGUAAAAUACUUGCAUAAUUGCCCUUUUAUACCACUUUCAAAUAUAACAAUUCAAAACCAUGUAAUUUGGAAAUACUAUUAACAAAAAUUAAUAUAAUUUUUUUUCAAGUUUUCUGUCAAACAUUAUUGUUAAAUACUGUCUGUUCCUACUAGACUGUCUUUAUUUGUUCUGUCUGGAUUUUGCUGUUACUGAAGUAAUUUGUACUUUUGACUAUUUACAUGUUAUUUUCAUAUAUACAUUUUGGUCAUUUCUAAUUGAAUAUUUCUUUAAAACUGGCAAAGUUACAAGAAAAAGACCUGAAAAUCAGUAAGUUAAAAAAAUCAACAGACACCUGAAACUAUCCAGACACCUGCUACCUGCUGAGACUCAUUUUAACACAACGUUCACAAUGAGCCCAAACAAGCUAAAGUAUUCAGUAAACAAAUGCAUAAAAAAAUGCAAAAGUAAAUUUUAAAAAAAUCAAUCAAUCAAUAAAUUACUAAUGAUCAUAGUGAAUAAAUUAAU